CAGAGGCUUGUACCCACAGCCUCGCGAUCUAGCAUUUCUAACCUGCUGCUGCUCCUCAGCGAAGACAAGAAAGGGCGAGAACUGGGGCUCAGGAAGGGGGGAUGGAAAUGGUAAAGCUGCUGCUCCCAGGUGGAGGAUGGGUACAGUGACUGUGUCCCCGCUUGGGUCCCUGCCUCCGCCAUCGAAUUCCGGAAACCCCCAAAAGCUAAGAAUAUGCGGACCAUCUCCUAAACCAUUCCACUCCUUUCCCCCCGCGGGGCAUUGCUCCUGUCCCCAGAGUGGGACGAGCUGGGGUGGGGACUGUACUGGGAUUCACGGGGUGGAGGACGCUGGGCCCUGGCGAUGGAGGUGGCAACUGCCGCGCGGGAGUAAGUCCCUCGCAGCCCAGGGUAGUGCCGGAAGCCCGCUCUUGCGGCCCGGGAGGGGGAGGGUGCCCGUGGGUCUCUGCCAAGCCGCGCGACAACGCAGAGUCCUAGGUGGGAACACAGGUGGGGCACCCUUUUGCAUUUCCUCAACAAGCGACUUGCCAAGUCCGCGCCACUGAUCGACCCCCGGGUGCUCCUGGUUUAGCCGGUGCGCGGGUCUCCCGCUCUCCUCGUCGCUUUCAGCCGCUGCAGGAUUGGCGUGUCCCUGGUGGCGCAGCGCACUCCCCAGCGCUUCCUGCGCUCCGUUUGGUGGCGCAGCACGGAGGGAUCGGCUCCGGGCCAAGGACCGAGUAAGAUUCUAAAUAAUCUGCCUCCAUCAUGGGAGAAAUAGAGCAGAGGCCAACUCCAGGAUCGCGACUGGGGGCCCCGGAGAAUUCGGGGAUCAGUACCUUGGAGCAUGGACAGAAACCGCCCCCAACACCAUCAGGAGGAAAACUCAUGUCCAUCAAAAUCCAGAUGCUGGACGAUACCCAGGAGGCAUUUGAAGUCCCUCAAAGAGCCCCGGGGAAAGUGUUGCUGGACGCUGUCUGCAACCACCUCAACCUCGUGGAAGGCGACUACUUUGGCCUUGAGUUUCCAGACCACAAAAAGAUCACGGUGUGGCUGGAUCUCUUAAAACCUAUUGUCAAGCAGAUUAGAAGGCCAAAGCACGUUGUUGUUAAGUUUGUGGUGAAAUUCUUUCCACCUGACCACACACAACUCCAAGAAGAACUCACAAGGUACCUGUUUGCUCUGCAGGUGAAGCAGGACCUGGCUCAAGGCCGGCUGACGUGUAAUGACACCAGCGCUGCUCUCUUAAUCUCACACAUUGUUCAAUCCGAGAUUGGGGAUUUUGAUGAAGCAUCAGACAGAGAGCAUUUAGCAAAAAAUAAGUACAUACCUCAGCAAGAUGCACUAGAAGACAAAAUCGUGGAAUUUCACCAUAACCAUAUUGGACAAACACCAGCAGAAUCAGAUUUCCAGCUCCUGGAGAUCGCCCGUAGGCUGGAGAUGUACGGGAUCCGGUUGCACCCGGCUAAGGACAGGGAGGGUACUAAGAUCAACUUGGCUGUGGCCAACACGGGGAUUCUCGUGUUUCAGGGUUUCACUAAGAUCAAUGCCUUCAACUGGGCGAAGGUACGGAAGCUGAGCUUCAAGAGGAAGCGCUUUCUCAUCAAGCUCCGCCCAGAUGCCAAUAGCUCGUACCAGGAUACCUUGGAAUUCCUAAUGGUCAGUCGGGAUUUUUGCAAGUCUUUCUGGAAAAUCUGUGUGGAACAUCAUGCCUUUUUUAGACUUUUUGAAGAGCCCAAACCAAAGCCAAAGCCUGUUCUCUUUAGUCGAGGGUCAUCAUUUCGGUUCAGUGGACGGACUCAGAAGCAGGUUCUCGACUAUGUUAAAGAAGGAGGACAUAAGAAAGUGCAGUUUGAAAGGAAACACAGCAAGAUUCAUUCCAUCGGAAGCCUUGAUCCGCAGCCUGCAGAGCUGAAUCCAGAAGUGCCAAAACAAGCCCAGCAGAGUGCCAGCCUCACACCCGGAGAAGGUGCCGAGUCCCCCGGGGCCCAGGGCGGCCAGCCAGGACAGGAACUGAAAGCUGCCUCCGAGGAGUGUGGGCGGCCGCAGAGCCCCUCUCUGCCGAAGAGCCCCGCGGGUAACAAGAAGGCGGAUGGAGCCGUCCAGGCGCCGGCCGAGGAAGAGGAGGAGGUCGUUAAGGAUAGGACCCAGCAGAAUAGAGCCCAGCCCCCGCAGCCAAGCACAGGCUCCCAGGCCGGUAGCCCUCACCUUUCAGAGCUGUCCAUCAACUCACAGGGAGGAGCUGUGCCCGCCAACGUCAUCCUGUCUCCCAACCUGAGCCCAGACACCAAGCAGGCCUCUCCCUUGGUCAGCCCGCUGCUGAACGACCAGGCGUGCCCUCGGACUGAUGACGAGGAGGAAGGCCGGAGAAAGAGAUUCCCAAGUGACAAAGCAUACUUCAUGGCGAAGGAAGUGUCUACCACUGAGAGAACGUAUCUGAAGGAUCUCGAAGUCAUCACUUCGUGGUUUCAGAGCACAGUGAGCAAAGACGACUCCAUGCCCGAAACAUUGAAAAGUCUCAUAUUCCCGAAUUUUGAACCUUUGCACAAAUUUCAUACAAAUUUUCUCAAGGAAAUUGAACAACGACUCGCCCUAUGGGAAGGCCGUUCAAAUGCCCACAUCAGAGGAGAUUACCAAAGAAUCGGAGAUGUCAUGCUGAAGAACUUCCAGGCCAUGAAGCCGCUGGCGGCUCACCUGUGGAAGCACGGCGAGGCUCUGGAAGCCCUGGAGGGCAGCGUCCGGAGCUCCCGGCGGCUGGAGGGCUUGUGCCGAGACUUCGAGCUGCAGAAGGUGUGCUACCUGCCCCUCAACACCUUCCUCCUGCGCCCGCUGCACCGGCUCAUGCACUACAAGCAGGUCCUGGAGCGGCUGUGCAAGCACCACCCGCCCAGCCACGCCGACUUCCGGGACUGCCGAGCUGCUUUGGCAGAGGUCACUGAAAUGGUUGCACAGCUUCACGGUACGAUGAUCAAGAUGGAGAAUUUCCAGAAGCUGCAUGAACUCAAGAAAGAUCUGAUUGGCAUCGACAAUCUUGUGACUCCAGGAAGGGAGUUCAUUCGCCUGGGAAGCCUCAGCAAGCUGUCUGGGAAGGGACUCCAGCAGCGCAUGUUUUUCCUGUUCAACGAUGUCUUGCUGUACACGAGCAGGGGGCUGACAGCCUCGAAUCAGUUUAAAGUCCACGGGCAGCUUCCACUCUUUGGCAUGACCAUAGAGGAGAGUGAAGAUGAGUGGGGCGUGCCCCACUGCCUCACGCUCCGGGGCCAGCGGCAGUCCGUCGUCGUGGCCGCCAGUUCUCGGUCCGAGAUGGAAAAGUGGGUUGAGGACAUACAGAUGGCCAUUGACUUGGCAGAGAAAAGCAGUGGCCCCGCCCCCGAGUUCCUGGCCAGCAGCCCCCCGGACACCAAGUCCCCGGAUGAGGCCGUGGUGGGCGACCAGGAGUCGGAGGAUGACCUCAGCGCCUCGCGCACGUCGCUGGAGCGCCAGGCCCCGCAGCGCGGCAACACCAUGGUGCACGUGUGCUGGCACCGGAACACCAGCGUCUCCAUGGUGGACUUCAGCGUCGCCGUGGAGAAUCAGUUGUCUGGGAACCUACUGAGGAAAUUCAAAAACAGCAACGGGUGGCAGAAGUUGUGGGUGGUGUUCACGAACUUCUGCCUGUUCUUCUACAAGUCACACCAGGACAAUCAUCCCCUGGCCAGCCUGCCUCUGCUUGGAUAUUCCCUUACCAUUCCCUCAGAGUCUGAGGACAUCCACAAAGACCACGUGUUCAAGCUGCAUUUCAAGUCCCACGUGUACUACUUCAGGGCUGAAAGCGAGUACACUUUCGAAAGGUGGAUGGAGGUGAUCCGAAGUGCUACCAGCUCGGCCUCACGUGCUCACGUUCUGAGUCACAAAGAAUCUCAUGUAUACUGAUGUCACGACCCGUUUGAUUGGUUCAGCAGCGGCUGCUUUCCUGGAAGACAUUUACUUUCUUCUGUAUUAAUGAAGCCCUAGUAAAAUUAACACCCGUCUGGAAAACAAAAACAUGGUUUCACAACAACUCAUCUGUCUGCACAAAACUGUUUUUACCCUUGUCUUUUCAAGCGGUUAAUUUCUCCUCUGAACGGAACUGUGCUCCCACCGCUGAUGCCAGUGGCAUUUCGUCUAUCAUUCGGUGGGGCUGUUUUUAGCUUGUGCCAGUAUUAAACAGCGUCAUUAACAUAGU